GACACACCCACGAUACACACACCCUUCAGUAAAAUACACACUCGCUUCCUCCUUGCUGCAUUCGUGUUGACGGACCAGAGUCCACGAAUAAAGCACCUUCACACCACCACCUCCACUACCAGCACAUCAGCAGACUUGUGGGCCCGCAGCCGCAUUCCUGCCUGUUUUGUUCAGACAUGUCACGCUACACUUUUGGUCUGGAGCCUCUCUCCUGCCACACCUGGAACAAAGACAGGACACAGAUUGCAGUGAGCCCCAACAACAAUGUGGUGAACAUUUAUGAGAAGAAAGGAAAAGAAUGGGUGAAGAUCCAUGAGCUGAGUGAGCACAGUGGCCGGAUCACAGGAAUUGAUUGGGCGCCCGUGUCCAAUCGCAUCGUGACCUGCGCAUCGGACCGCAACGCCUACGUGUGGACUCUGAAGGACGGCUCGUGGAAGCCCACCCUGGUCCUGGUGCGCAUCAACCGUGCAGCCACCUGUGUCAAGUGGUCACCUGUGGAAAAUAAGUUUGCCCUGGGCAGUGGAGCUCGCCUCAUCUCUGUCUGCUACUUUGAGAAGGAGAAUGACUGGUGGUUGAGUAAGCACAUCAAGAAGCCCAUUCGCUCCACAGUUCUGAGCUUGGAUUGGCAUCCCAACAACAUUCUUUUGGCAGCCGGGUCUGCAGACCUUCACUGCAGGAUUUUCUCCGCCUACAUCAAGGACAUUGAGGACAAGCCUGGGCCCACUGCUUGGGGGGCCAAAAUGCCUUUUGGGGAGGUGAUGUUAGAGAAGAAGGACUGUGGGGGCUGGGUGCACAGUGUCUCCUUCUCCCCCAGUGGAGACCAAUUGGCCUGGGUGGCCCAUAACAGCAGCAUCACUGUGGCCGACGCCAGCAGCGGGAAGCAGACAACCCAGCUGACCUUGGACAGUCUUCCACUGCUAAGUGUCCUCUACGUCAGCCCCACUCACAUUGUUGCUGCCGGACAUGACUGUUGUCCCUACCAGUUCACCUACAAAGGAUCAGGUGCUCUAGAAUUUGUAAAGAAACUGGACAUUCCCAAGCAAUCUUCCAAAGGUGGCAUUUCAGCCAUGCAGCACUUCCGUAACCUGGACAAGAAGGCCACCGACGACGACUGCAACGAGUUGGACACCCUGCACCAGAACAGCAUCACGCAGUUGUGUGCGGUAAAGGCAACAGACAAAGUGGACAAGUACAGCAGUGUGGGUCUGGAUGGAGCCAUGGUCAUCUGGGAUUUGAAGGUACAAUAGAUAUGCUAGAGCAUAAACAUGGAGAAAUCUUUUAUGCAUUCACAACAAACACAAUUUUCACAACAUGCUAUUAAUGUCACACAAUGGAAUAUUCGAUCACUCAAUAGAAUGUACACAAUGGAAUGUUCCAUCGCACAAUGGAUUUAAGGUCUUUUUUAAGAUGAGGCUUAUUUGGGAAUGUCAUAUUGAUUGAUAUUUGUUGUUUAUUUGCAUAUUACUCAUCAAAGUGAUGCAUGAUAUUUUCUAAGACGGAGUCUAAUGUUUGUGCUUGAUUUGCAGUACUGAAGCAAAGACAGUUGUGGUUCUGGUACACACAAGGAAUACUAGUCCAAGAUUAUGCUUCUGUGGAUUACAAUUGGAUAUCAGAUGAGAAACAUUCUCAUGUAUUUGUCAAUAAAAUGUAAGUUCAAAAGGAGCAUCAUUUUUCAUCAUGUAGUGUACUCCUACUGUCUUACUGCAGUAUUACAGUUGUGUGUGAAAAUGAUGCCAAAUUGUGCUGACAAUCUUGGAAUAUCUUUCUGCCACAAGAAAAGUCACUGUUGUGUUUUCAGAUGAUUGCAUGCAUUGUAAACCUGCUCAGAUCACGAUUACUUUCCACAAGUAUUAACGUAACGUGUACACCAUUAAACAGUACCUCAGGAUCAUGAAAAACUGUAUGUACUUGAAAAAAGGUUGGUUAUACACAAAUCUUAUAAUAUAAACAAAGUGUGCUGUUUGGUGCAAAAGUUUGAUUUUGACCACGUUAUGUGUAGUUUUGGAUUCGGUGCUUCAUUUUGCAACACAUAUGAGGUAUUUUGCAGUUUGGGUGUAUUGUUUUGGAAAUUGUGUUAAGUUUUUGAUCAAACGAGCAUAGUUUGCAAAAUUGAGUUUUAGCAAUUGGAAAAACUAACAUAGAACUAUGUGAUACGAGUGGAAUUUACAAAACGUGAUGCAUGUAAUGAAUGUAGUUUUGCUACUUUCUGCGUAAAACUGUAAAAAUUGGAUAUUCUACAACACAUGAAAGCUGUGUGAGUCAUGAAAGAGUCGUUCAUAACUCGCAACUUUUUUACUGAAUCGGGACUCACGGGUAAUUGUGUCCUUUAACUCACCCCAGUUAUGCUAGCUAAAUUAAAGAAAGAAACCAGGUAAUGUGUCAUUGAUUUUGGUACUGUUACGCUAACUCAAAUAGUGGCAAGUCAGUGACUGACAGGUGCUUGGCAGGCCCGCCUGUUUCACUGACUGUUGGGGGCUUGACAAAGACUGCAAGCUUCAAUAUUUUUACAUUAGAAAUUUAAUUUACAUGUAUUUCGGAUUUUAAUCAACUUAAUAACAAACAAAUCCGAGCAGCCAUUUGAGAGCUGAAAGAGACUACUCUUUUAAGGGAGCCGAGACAAAAGAAACGUCUCCCAUAAAAGCCGAAAUUCCCAUCACUGUUGGUUUAAAAUGACGGGGUGGGUGGGACUUGUUGCGCAUGUGCGAGAUUUUGAUGACAAAUCGACGACCCGAUUCACUUAGUGAGUGACUGAUAGAACUCGAAACAGUAAAAGAAAUCGAGUUUACCGUCACAAAAAUGGGUUGACACCACUGAUCUGUAUAAUAUAUCUGGAUAGCUCAUUGGCGAUGACUUGUGAAGGCAAACGGCCGCCAUAUUGCUACUCGCAAGAAAAAAAUUCUCGGACAAGCUUUUGCAUUCGUGGUGAACUUCUUUUAUUAAUUCGGAUUGGACACAAAUUUUGCCUUAAGAUGCCUGCAUGUGCAGCUAUUAACUGCACAAAUCGCCAGUUCAAAGGCUGUGGACGAACAUUUCACCUGUAAGUAUGAUUGAAAUGUAGAUUUAUGAUUGAUAAUUUAAGGGUUUUGCACUGUCGAUCUCUCAGAUAUUUUUGAUCGUGUAAAAUUCCUCUGAUUAAAUAUAUGUCCAGAAUUGAUACGUUUAUAUACCUCUAUAAUAGCUAAGAGGAAAUGUACGUACUUUUUUGUUUUAUCAUGAUAUAUGUAUUUUUUUAAGGGACGAAGGUUGCGUUACUUGAAGGAAUGGGAGAAUCUCAGUGCUUCCAUGAUGCUUACCAGGCAUUGUAUACAGUGCAGUUAGCAAGUCAGUUUGCAUACAAUUGACCACGCAUUACCCUUCAUUUGGAUAAACAACCUUUUUUUUUUUUUUUUUUUUUUGCUUUUUAUGACUGACGUAAAAGGAUU